AUGAAGCCAGGAACAUCAAAGUUAAAUCCCAAUGCAACAUCAUACAUACCAUUCUCUCAAAGGGGGGCAGCUGAUAAAGGAGAAAAUUUUGAAUUUUCUGCAAAAGAAUCAAAUUGUAGAAAUGAAGCUGUCUGGUUCGGAGAUCAAUCAGAGGAUGCAUUAACACAUUGUCAGCCACAAAAUGUUUCUCAAAGCUAUAUCCAAUGCACUGAUAUUCUCCAAACUGCUGAGCUUUCUAAACUGAAGGACCAUUGUGGUGGUGAACUCUAUGCUUCAUCAUCACAUAACCAAAAUAUGAUGGCUGAAAAGUUUACACUUGAGGAAGAAUUUGACAUGGAUUUAACAUAUCUUCAGAUGACAUUUCCUGGAAUAUCUAAGGAUUCCCUUUCUGAAGUCUAUUUAACAAGUAACUGUGAUGUGGAGUCUGCAGUUGACAUGCUGAAUCAACUUGAGCUACCCCCUGUGGAUCAUUCUGAAAAGCUUCCUGAAUCUUUGGACAUUGGUGAUGUGCCAGAAUCUGUGUCUUAUUGUGAGGUACCUUCUCAGAAAUUAAAAAACAUGACAGGUGAAGCUGGGCCUUCUACAUCUGGUUCCUCCAACUUGGACGUAGCAUAA